AUGGCGGAUUUGCCCGCUGAUCGCCUCACUCCAGCCCCUCCUUUCACGUAUGUAGGAGUAGAUGUAUUUGGUCCCUGGAAUGUGGUCACAAGGAAGACAAGAGGUGGUCAGUCCACCAAUAAACGUUGGGCAGUUUUAUUCACAUGUCUCACGAUAAGAGCUGUGCAUGUUGAAUUGGUGGAAGAAAUGUCUUCUUCCGCAUUCAUCAAUGCAUUGAGACGCUUCAUCUCUAUUCGUGGGAAUGUUUUACAAUUCAGGUCUGACCGGGGCACCAAUUUUGUGGGUGCCACAUCUGAUUUAGGGGUUGACGCUGUCAACAUAGAAGAUCAGCGUGUAAAGGGUCUCCUAGAGGAGAAAGGCACAACUUGGGUCUUCAAUCCUCCACAUGCUUCCCACAUGGGAGGUGUCUGGGAGCGUAUGAUUGGUGUAGUGAGAAGAGCCCUAGAUUCCAUACUCACCGGCCAUAAGCUUCAAAACCUCACUCAUGAUGUACUUGCUACUUUAAUGGCCGAGGUGUGUGCUAUUGUUAAUGCACGACCACUAGUGCCUGUGUCACAUGAUGCAGAAGCACCGGAAAUUCUGAGUCCUUCCAUGCUGUUGACCCAAAAGUCAUCCUCGCCUAUCUCUUUCAAUGAAAACUUGUCCAUCAAAGACAUUUACCGAGCCGAGUGGAAAAGGGUCCAGGUACUUGCAGACCAAUUCUGGGCUAGAUGGAAAUCAGAAUUUCUGAAUAUGCUUCAGAACAGGCAAAAGUGGGUCACUUCAAAACCAAAUCUCAAGGUUGGGGAUGUAGUUUUGCUCAAGGACAGUUCAACCACUAGAAAUCAGUGGCCUUUGGCAGUAGUUGUUGAGGUAUACUUUAGCACUGACGAAAAAGUCCGAACCGUUCCAGUGAGGUCUGUAAGUGAUGGAAAGUCGAGUUUGUUUGUUCGACCUAUUACAGAACUCGUUCUGCUUUUAAGCGAGUAG